CACAGAUCAUCUCGUGAUCAUCAUUUUUUUAUUAUAAUUUGAUAUAAUUUGAUAAUUAUUGACAAAGAGAAGAUACUUAUUGUAAUAUUUAAUACAAAUUGAAAAAGAAGAGCAAAUUAAUUUGGCGAUCAUCUAGAUGGAUAAUUUACAAAAGGACACUGAAUACAAAAUUGAAGUUGGAGAAACAAUUUCCAAUAACAAUACAUCAUCCUCUAAUACUGAAUAUCACUCACUCUUCUUUAAUUUCAAACCAAAAACAUUAAAGGAAAACAAUUGGGAAGGAAGCUUUGAUAUUGACUCGAGUGUUGUCGACAGUUACACAUCAGCCUCUCCAGCAACACUGACAGCAAACUCCAAGUUUGUUUUCAAGGGAUCCUACGUACCAAAUAACAAAUCCAAUGUACAUGAAUGUGUAUUAAUUUAUGAUAGAUAUAGUGGGACAUUUAGAUUGGAAAAGUUGAAGGCAACAACAGGUUUUACAAAUCUUGUGGACACGAGUAAUCCACCUCCUUCACUUGCUCACAGUUCUUCCACUGGAAAGCUCAAAACAGCUGGAAUUACAGAAACUAUUGUGCCAUCGAAUCGGUCAGUUCAAUUGUUAGGUCAACCAAAACAAACGACUCCACCAAAGAAAGUUACACCACCUCCUAAUAAUUUGGAUAUUGAUGGACCAAUUUCAAAGAAGAGAAAGGAAGAAACUAUUCUUCCUCCAAUUGUUAUGUCUCAACAACAACAACAACAACCAAUUUCCAUGAUGUCCAUGGCCACAACACAACAUUUACCUCCGCGUCCAAUGGGUUUAGGACAAAAACCAGGAGAGAUUGAUGCUAAAGCAGCUCUAGAUGAUUCAAGUGCCAGUGAUGAUUCUGAUUCGAGUGAUAGUGAUACUUCAUCAGAUGAUACAUCCGAUGACUCUGAUUCAAGCUCUGAUGAAAGUGAUUAAAUUGUUUUUAAUAGAUAUUGGCAAUCAUAUGAUUAGAAAAGAACAAAUGAUCAUUUGCUAAUUCAAUUAGAAAGAGUUUGAUAUCCAACUAGCCACCACAGCUUCAUCAAAGCCUAACGGAAUUUCAAUUAGUGAUCAAGAUGAUGAAGAAUUAUUAGAAAAAAUUAAUGAUGAUGAAUUGGAAAGGAUAUUAUCAAUGUACUGGUGCAGUGCUACAAAAUCAUCAGCGAUAUCAUUUAUCACGAUCUGUUGUUAUAUUUCAUAAUAUAAUAAUAAAUAAUUAUAAUACAAAUAGAUUAUCAUCAUUCAUC